AUGGACAAGUACACGCGACAGGCGGGCGAUAGCGCGUACGAUAGCGAUGCGGAGGCCGACGAUGAAUUUGAGCGUUCCGUCUUCACUUCGCCAACAUUAUGCACCACCUAUGACGACCAGAGUGACCACCCUUCAGACUCCGAGGACGAUCAUUCCGUGCUGGACGGCGACGACACACCGACCACGCAAGGUUGGGCCGACAGAGAGGGCAGAAGUCCGACAGGCAAAAUCACGCAAUGGACGGAGGAGGAGGUUGCAGACUAUGUGGCUGCCUUGUCUCCGGCACUGAAGCAGUACGGCCAGCGCUUCGUGGAGGAAGGGGUGAACGGCGAGGCACUGAUAGCACUGGGGCACGAUGAACUCCGGGAGCUGGGCAUUGUGAGCGUGGGCCACAGACUCACAAUAUUGAAGGCAGUGUAUGAGCAGAAGAUGCGCGCCGGGGUGAAGAUCGAAGAAGGAGACUACAUACCUCUGUCGGCCGAAGGCGAGAAGGGCGAGAUGACCGCUACCCAGGACGAUAUUGCUCGCAUCAUAGAGUCACUGCGGCAACGAGACCUGCGAAUCCAGUCGGCAGAAAUGGAACUGAAGGGCAUGAGAGACUACUUGGACAGGAUAUCGGACGAAAAUAGGAAAUUGAGGGAAGAGACGCUGCCGAUCAUGAGAUUGGUGAAGGACCAGAGGACACCACUGCCUGAUCCGUCUGGAGGCACGAUACCCUCCCCACGCGAGACGGAUCCUACAAACAGAUUAAUGGAGCAAAUUCAGAACAAGGGCAGCUCGCUCAGUCGGAAGUUCUCCACGAAGAAGCUAUUUUUGAACAAGGACGGUCCGAGGCAGAAUUCGCCUACUCAUGGCACAACGCCUCAAGGUCGAGAGAUAAGAGACGAUGGCGGAAGUCAUCUCGAAGCAUCAGCUGCGGCUAUGGCCGCCAGUAGCCACCUUACAGCAAGCAUGGCAAGUCAGACCAGCCCGAACAGCGUGCAUGGUCACCAACUCAGUCCGACAAGCCCUGCCUAUAGCACACACGUGCCUCCUAACAACGACGCUUCGUACGUCAAUAAUCACUACAGUCAAGCCAGCACACUUGCAGAAGAGCCCCCGAGAAGUGCACGACAGCAGCAAGACCGAUCACGAAGACAAGCGCCAACCCCUAGCCCCCGAGAUGAGGCAACACCAGAGCCCGGCAAGGAUAGAGACAACCCGCAGGUGGAGAUAUUCAAAAGCUUCCGCGUUAGCAUUGAGGAUCCUUGUCGCGUCGUGCUACCAGUUGCUUUGAAACGCUACAAUAUCACGGACGACUGGCGGCAAUACGCGCUCUACAUUGUACAUGGCGACCAAGAGCGGUGUCUGGGUCUCGAAGAGAAACCUCUCCUACUGUUCAAGCAAUUGGACAAAGAGGGGCGAAAACCAAUGUUCAUGUUGCGAAGACAUGCUUCGCCACAAGAAGGCUGGAGCAACACUUCUGGAGUUGGCGCGCCCGCUCACGCACAAGAACCCAAGCAAGUACCUGGUGGUGUGUUGUGAUUGGUCACGCUGCUCACGAUGAUCUCGAGAUGAAAUAGCGUACAUGGCGGAAGACAGUGCGUGAUAAGUCCGCACUUGUAGGACAUGCAACAUGGCAGCACCGGCUGCACAGUAUUGAUGUGAGACAUACUACGACGAUUCACGAUACCAUCUCUGCGAGCUGAUUGUCCUUUGCCAUAAUGGUAAUGGCGAUAUUUCUGCCAUAUUGAGUCAUAUCGUCUUUCGUCACUCUACUUCUGGCACAGCUGGUUGCCGUAGGGUAGACAUAGUACCUGAGCAUUUAAGAAUGCUCGGCCGCCAGCAAACAAAUCUUCUUCUCCUGACUCAUUCAUAAGUCGCCAGUACCCACACAGCAGUAGUGUUUUCAUUCUUCUGCAAAACCUAGGAGGUAUGUGCACACGGUCAUCUCACGCCGCUGCUGAAACGACCGUGUCAACCACACAUCGAAAUGCAUCCAUUUCCUCGUCUACGGAACCUCCUCCCGCUGCCGUAGAUAGAUUGAUGCUGCUGCCCACAUAGCAAGGUUUCUUCAGCCGGCGUGUCAACACUUUGGCCAUGCGAGUUGUAAAGUCCAGCGAUGAAGGCGCAGUGUAUAAUGCUGUGCUCAUGGGCUGUGUUGGGUUGUAUCGAUCUGGCAGAGCGUAUACAAAACUGCCCAUGGAUACCGCGCCGGGUCCAGUUUCUGAACUUGUACUUGUGAGGAAGAGCAUGAUGCAGUUUGCGAGGAUGGUGAGAUGCACGUUGAGCCUGAGACCAGGGCUGUGAGGAAGGUCGAUUGCUAAUUCGAGAGCUUUGUUGCUGGACUCGAGGCCAUUGACCACAGGCGGCUUGCUUGCAUCUGC